AUGUCGAAAUUCGGCCUGCUGGUGAUGGGCCCGGCCGGGGCUGGCAAAACCACCUUCUGCACAGCCCUCAUCCAGCAUCUACAGCAUUCGCAUCGCUCGUGCUUCUACGUCAAUCUAGACCCCGCGGCUACCGAUCUGGCCUAUACGCCGGAUCUCGACAUCCGCGAUCUCAUCACGCUCGAAGAUGCCAUGGAAGAGAUGGGCUACGGCCCUAACGGCGGAUUGAUUUUCUGUUUCGAAUUCCUGCUGCAAAACCUGGACUUUCUGAGCAAUGCCAUAGAGACAUUGACCGAAGAGUUUCUCAUAAUUUUCGAUUUGCCAGGCCAGAUCGAGCUGUAUACACACAUCCCGCUGCUGCCGGAACUGAUCAAGUAUUUGUCGAGAAUGGGGCCGCUGAACAUCAGCCUGUGCGCAGCAUACCUUCUCGAGGCGACUUUUGUGGUCGAUAAAGCAAAAUUCUUCGCCGGUACACUUUCUGCCAUGAGCGCCAUGGUGAACAUGGAGUUGCCCCACAUCAACAUCCUCUCCAAGAUGGAUCUGGUGCAGUCGCAAGUCAACAAGAAGGAGCUGCGCCGCUUCACCGACCCGGAUUCCAGGCUGAUAGAGGACGAAGAUACUGGCCGAAAUGCUUUGGACAACUCGGUGGAGGUCGAUGUCCAUAAUCCGGCAGAAGUCGACAACAUUAUGACCGGCGGAAGCUUCAAAGCCUUGAAUCGCGCUGUGGCCAGGCUGAUUGACGACUUCAGCAUGGUGAGCUUCCUACAGUUGGAUGUGAAUGAUGAGGAUAGCGUGGGCGCUAUUCUCAGUUAUGUCGAUGAUGCGAUCCAGUAUCACGAGGCGCAAGAACCUCGUGAGCCCAAAGAAUUUGAGCAGGACUUCGAACCCGAGAGUUGA